UUUACGGUAAGAAUAGGUGAGCCUCGUAUGGAGAAGUAGACUCAUCGAUCGAAAGAGGGAAAGUUGAAAAUUAGAGGCAGUCUGUUUUGUUUUGCUAUGGAUAGAAAACAGACAAAAAGAAAAAGAAAGAGCGUUUCAAAAAAGAAAAUUUCGCGACCACAAUUCCGACCAUUCGGCAAAUUUGCUGAUCCAUUGUCUUCAGAAACAUCAGACUCGGAUUAUAUCCCUGAUGGAUCUGAUUGUGAAGCUGAGGAGAAGAAAAUCAAAUUAGCAAAGAAGAUCGACAAUUUUGAUAAAACAGUCGCUGGAACGGGAAAAGAUGCAAGAUAUGAUAGUUUUGUUGAGAACAAAGUAUUCGAAAAAGGGAAUAAACCAGAUGGGGAUUUCGUUGCUCGACGAUGUCAGUAUGAUGACACUCACUCUGUUCAGCAGCUAUCGCAGGCAAAGAAGCUUUUCUGGAAUAGAGCACCAACCGAAAUUCUCGUAAAAGUUUUCAAAUAUUUUGUUGCAGAGGAAGCUGGGAUAUCUACCAUUAUCAGAUGUGGAAGAGUUUGUUCGCAAUGGAAUUAUUGUUCAAAACACCCUUCACUCUGGACAAAAGUUGACCUGUCCUUUAUGUCAAACACUUCAAAAGCAAAUGAUAGCUGCAUUAGGAAGCUAGUCAAACUUCAUGGAGACAAUAUAUCACAUUUAUUUCUAAAUAACUGGAAAAAGAUAACAAGCAAAGGACUACUGGCCAUAUCAAGUGAAUGCCCAAAUCUAGAGACAUUGAGUUUAUCAGGGUGCAGUGAAAAUACCAGAAAAGAUAAAGGAAUAAGUGCAGAAUCUGUAAUGGCAAUAAUUGAUAAAUGCAAUUUACAAGUUGUUGAUUUGUCAUGGCUCAAGCUUUCAAAUUUUUCAAAAGUUAUUCUUGCUCUUACUGACAAAUGUGGCUGUAAUUUGUUGAGUCUAAAUUUAUGUGGUUGCCCAGUUAGAGCUGCCAUGCUCAACAGUAUAAUGGAUGGCUGCCCAAACCUGCAAAUCCUGGACAUAUCAAACACACUGAUUUUUGACAUAAAUAUGAUCAAAUUGCAGAGCAGCUUCCCAAACCUGGUAGAGUUAUAUAUUGCCAAAAGUAAUGUGUUCAUGAAGUCACAUGGCACAAAAAAGGCUACUGAUGAACCCUCCUUCAAGAAUAUGAAAGCUCUAAGCAUACAAAGUGAACUUCUCACAGACAAGCUACUAGCAUGCACUACAAGAGGGGCAAAAAAUCUGAAACUUUUAGACUUGCGCUCUUGCAGGCUACUGACAUCCAAAGCACUUAUGGAAAUUGAAGCUCACAGCAUUGAAAGGCUUUUCUUGUCUCAUUCGUGUGCAUCAUUUUCUUUAAGGGAUAUUUUAGAAAAGUGGGGGGAUAGCUUAGAAGAGCUGGAUCUCAGCUGGAUAUCUGCUGGUUCCAAAUUUGAUGGUCUAGAUGAUAACAUGCUAGGGAGCAUUGCAAAAACUGGAAUGAAAUACUGUAAAAUGGUUAAAAUGGACCUGUCAGGUACAACAGUUAAUGACCUUGGUGUCUGGUACAUAUUGGCAAUUUUUCCAGGCCUGCAAUCACUCAAUCUGACUUCUUGCAAAGGCCUUUCCCGAGGAAUAAAACAUUUACAUGAACGAAAAAGUAUAGAGCAACUUUGUAAAAUGGAUUUAGCUGCAAGGAAAGUAUGCAUAAACUAGCCGGGCUUGUUUAGGCUUUUGAUAAUAUGAAAUGUUGCACCUAUUUAAAUGAAGUGUUUUCUUGCACAAAUAGCAGUGAUGAAAUUAAGAGACCAAAACAUAUUUGAGUUCAUAGAUAGCGGGGGGCUAAGGAGCUUGAACCCUCCCCCCCCAUCCA